AUGGGUGUCUCCCAGCAUCUGGCCUGGGAUUUUGAGGAAUUUAACAGACAUAUACGGGCUUUGGCCCGAGGUUUAUUGGCCCUAGGCGUCAAGAAGGGCGAUCGCGUCGGAGUGGUGAUGGGCAAUAAUAGUGCGUAUGCACUGCUGCAGUGGGCGUGCGCUAGCGUUGGGGCAAUACUUGUGACUCUGAAUCCUGCCUAUAGACUGACAGAACUGGUAAACACGCUCCAACUCGUAGGCGUCAGCCACCUGUUCGUAGUGCCAAGAAUUCGCACUUCGGCGUACGUCUCAAUGUUGGCCAACGCAUUUCCUGCUCUGCAAAAUUCAUCUCCCGGCGAUAUACAAGAGCCUGCGCUACCGAAUCUGCGUCACCUAGUGGUUGUAGACAACACCUCAGACUUAAACGCGUACCAGAGAAAUCUUGACGAUGUUAAGUGUACUGUGGAUUUCCGCGAGGUGAUGGUGUGGCGGGAAGAUGGCACAGAAAAUCAGCGUAUUAAGGAGAUUGGGUUGAGCCUGAGGAAUGACGACGUGAUCAAUCUGCAAUUUACAAGCGGAACAACAGGUCUACCCAAAGCUGUCUCGGACAGGGAUCGCUUCUGGAGCACCCAUUCCGAUCGACUUGAUGAAGCAGCUGAUCGCGACACUAAACUUGACAGAGUUGACGGUCGCUUUUGGAAUGACGGAGACAAGGUACAGCAUUUCGCCCGGCGUGCACUUGAAGGUCUACAGACCCGCGUUUAUCUUUACAGCCCAGUGACUUUCCAAGCAACUCCAAACGACCCCAUUAACAAGCGAGUCGAAACUGUGGGGAGAGUCUUGCCUCAUGUCAAGGCAAAGGUUGUAGAUCUGGAGGGCAACGUUGUCCCAGUCGGGACUCCGGGAGAGAUUCUUGUUUCAGGUUAUGUUCUACAGAAGGGAUAUUGGGAAGACCAGGAGCAAACAGACCUCGCCACGAGAAAGGAUGCGAAUGGGGUUUUAUGGAUGCACACUGGAGAUGAAGGUGUAAUGGAUGAAGAUGGUUACCUUAAAGUGGUUGGAAGAAUAAAGGAUCUAAUCAUCCGAGGUGGAGAGAACCUAUUUCCAGUCCAGAUCGAGAAUAUUUUGACGGACCAUCCUGCAAUACGAGAGGCGGCUGCUAUAGCUAUUCCUGAUCCGGUCUUCGGAGAGGUAGUUGGCGCAUGGAUCGUGCGAGAGCCUCAUACAAAGUCUUUGACACGAGAGGAAGUACGUGCGCUCGUUGCACAAAAGAUGAAUCCCCAGAAUGCGCCUGCGUGGGUAUGGUUUACCGGCGAAGAGGGUGUUCCGGAGGAAGUGCCGAAGACUGCAAGUGGGAAGGUUAUGAAGCACGCAUUGCGGUCAUCGGCGCGCGAGUUGGUCGAGAAGAGUGUAGGGCGUGUAGGCUCAGUGCCGAAGCACGGCAAGCUGAGCUAUUCAGUCCUUACGUCGCGCCAAUCGGAUCUUCCCAGAGACUUUAUGAUUAAGGAGGUACCAAUCCCCAAAUGUGGAGAUGACGAUCUUCUCUUGAAAGUGUCUUGUUGUGGCGUUUGCGGAACCGACGGGCAUAUACAUGAAGGCGAAUUCAUAGCAAAAUUCCCUCUCAUCCCUGGCCACGAAGCCAUCGGGGCGGUAGUGGAGAAAGGAAAGAAUGUCACUGGUUUCGAUUUGGGAGACCGUGUGGUUGCAGAUGUCGGAAUUUCGUGCGACAACUGCUUCUACUGCCGGCGUGGACAAGCCGUGCUUUGUGAAAAUUUUAAUGCUCGGGGUGUUACAAUGGAUGGUGGUUUUGCUGAAUACAUUGUUUACCAUCAAAAGAAGUGCUACAAGAUUCACAAUUUGACCGAUGAGGAGUCAACACUUCUGGAGCCCGCUGCAUGUGCUAUUCAUGGUCUGGAUAAAUUGAACCCACCUGUCGGGAUUGAUGUGCUUCUGCUUGGUGCUGGCCCGACUGGUCUGAUCCUCGCUCAGCUGCUCAAGUUAAAUGGCGCGCACAAGGUGGUCAUUGCUGCUAACAAGGGUAUCAAGAUGGAUAUUGCGAAGGAGUUGAACGCUGCGGACGAGUACAUUGAACUUGACAGGCAGAAUCCUGGCCCGCAAUGGCAGCAGUUGAAGAAGGACAACCCGUAUGGUUUUGACGUGGUUGUAGAAGCAACCGGCGUGGAGAAGCUUGCCCAAGAGAGCAUCAAUUAUGUGCGCCGAGGUGGUACGAUCAUGAUCUACGGCGUGUACGAGAAUAAAGCUUUGGUGCACUGGCCGCCAUCAAGGAUCUUCGGGGACGAGAUCAAGAUCAUCGGCUCGUUCUCACAAGCAUACUGUUUUCCCCGAGCAGUGGCAUAUUUGGACGGUGGAAAGGUUAAUGUGAAGGGCAUGGUCACGGACGUCUUCAAGUUGGAGGACUACCAGGGGGCCUUGGACAAAAUGAACAGCCGUGGGGCGCUGAAGAUUGCGAUCAAACCGUGA